UUCUUUAAAAUGUUCAGUAACAAUCGAUAACGUUAAGGUUUAAAUCUACGUUUAUUUCUGUUCAUCACAUUUUUUGAAAAAAAUAUCGAAAAUGUUUCGCAUUACAAACGGAAUAUUUUGUCUAGUGGUAUUCAUUUGUGUUAGUUCAUUCGUAAAAUGUCGAGAAAUUCAGCCACGUCUUGAAUCGCUAAAUUAUUGUGCAGAUAUAAAGUCGAUGCGAGGAAAUUACAAAAUUGUCGGUAGUGAGAUUUUGUAUGGAAAAUGGACGGAAGGCGCUGGUACGUCGGAUGAAAUUUCAGCACCAACAAAUAAGGCAGUCAAUGAAUUACAAACAGUGCGUGUUUGCUCGUCGGGAAGAGCAUUUGUACCUUCCGGCACUGAGGCUUCAAUCGUUUUAACCGAAAAUUCAGAUUUCACUAAGAGUACAAUCAAAAUCUAUUGGGAUGUUCCAGCGAUCGGAUCAUUUUCACAUGCCAUGUACUACAAUGAAAGCGAACAUACGGUUAUUAGAAGAAAAUCAGAUUCAGCAGGAGAUUCGAAUUUGUAUGAAUAUUACUUGUUUAAAAUUUGAGUGAAAACCAAAUCGUAGAUCUAUACAAAAUUGUAUAAUUGAUAGCGAACAAACGUGACGUAUAUCACGUAUUUGAUGCUUUUUACUCAUAAAAUAUACUUUUUUUGGAAAUUAUAACAGUAAAAGUUAUUAACAAUCAAUGUGAAUGA